AUGUACGAUGAUUUAAUACCUUAUGCUCCCACUAGCGGAUUUGUGGUCACCCACUCCAAUAACGUCGACAUGAUCGAAGAACAUUGGAAUACAUGGUUCGAUAUGCACCUCACCGUACCGCCAGAAGGCUCAGCAGAGCCUCGUUUUGAUAUCGUACCGGAACGCGAAGAGCCGAUCGUGCCAGUUGGUCCCGAUGACGACGAUCCAAGCAAUGAAGGUGGAGGGCCUUUCGGGUUUCAUCGCAGGGAUUUCGACGUGGAUGAAUUUGACGAAGAUGAAACAAACAAAGGUCAUUGGAAAACACACAUGCUCGGUGCUUAUCCCUGUAAAGCUGCGGCAGAAGCAAUGAAGCCUCAUUGUACAUAUAGCUUGAUCGUAUACAACACGGUCAUUGCUUAUUACAAAAGAGCUCCUCUUGUAACGUUCUUGGGUAACUUAUUCCCUGUCUUUUUUUCCGAAUUCACUCCCGAUUUGGUUGAUGUCGACAGCAUAUAUUGUUCAGGUGAUCCUACAAAAACUGACGAGCUGGAGGCUUGUAAACUGCCAGGAUGGACACAAUACAUAUUCUUAUACCGUAUUGCCAAGAUUGUCUUGCAAGUGUACAUGAAUCGUCGAAUGGAUGACGGUGAACCGAGACUUCGGGUACUGUAUCUCAAUGGAUUGAAAUACAAAGUCGAUAAGGUCGCGUUGGGACUUUCGUACAUUCUUUUCGAUUUCUCCCUUCCGAAUUCUGUCCAGUCCCAUAACGAUGGUCGUUGGAAGGGGAUAUGUCGCGGAUCUGUCUCUGGUGGAUCCGUCGUGCUGCUGUGGAAUGAUUUGCCCAAUUUCUUCAUUGGUGACCUUUGGGUCAGUUUUUAUUUGCUAGGAUUGUAUGUAGCAAUUUCCUGA